GCGCCGCAGCGGCGAGGAGCACGCCGCGACGAUGACAACGGGAAGCAAACGUCCGCGGGACUAAGAUGAUCUCGACCAUCUGUGCAGCCUGGCCGGCGGCAUGAAGGGUAAGCGCUGUCUCGCAGAGGCCAGACGAGGCGUGCUUCUAGCGGCAGCACAGGCCAGCGUCGGUGGCGCGCUUCGCUUUUGCUUCCGUUCGCAGCGCGUGCGCAGACGCACGCGUCUUUCGCACACGACGCCCGCUCUCAUAGCCAUGCCCGCUGCAGCGACAUCAGGCAGGUGCAGAGGUACAGCUGCACAGCGCACCCGAUGCUGCCGCUCGCACCUGCAGCACCUCACGUCGCCGACGCCGUCUCGGCGAUGGGAUGAGGUCGACGAAGCGGGCGGGCCGCGCUCAUGCGCAGGCAAUCUAUGCGCCAGCCCCAUCUUCCUCCGCUCCGCCGGCAACGAGGCCCGACGCAACCCUGGCGCCUCUACCCCGCACUCGCUGGUGUCCCGCACGAGUCAGCAUGUCAUGGCUUUUGGCCCGCUGGCGAGACCUGGCGUCGCAUCGAUGCACGCUGCUGUCCGGGCAUUGCGUGAGCUCGACGACCCGUCCGCUCUACCGGCGCGCCGCUGCACCUCGCCUCUAUUGCUCCCGUCGCGCUGCCGUGCGACCAGCAGCAGAGAAGCACACCACUGCUACUUCUCACGUUGCCUCUACGGAGUCCGGCGAGUGACGAGCCAGUGCAAACACACCAACGGCGCUGCUGUCUGCUGCCGAGCUGGCGCAUGCAGAGCGACGAUCAUGCCGCUGCUCCUGAGCAAUCACGAGAGCAAUCACAAACAUCUGCACCCCGCAUCGACUGCGCCUCUCCCUGCCGACGGCGCUGCGGAAUCCCAGCAGCCGUCGGCUGGGGAUGCGAGAUCGGCAGCCGCUAGAACGCCCUUGGCCCUCGUCUGUGCUGGCCCGCACGACUUGCCGGAGCGCUACACCGCCGUUGAUUGCAACCGGCGCCAGUGAUGCGUCUAGCCCCGGCUACGGGCCGAGAGGCGUCGGCGAGUACGGCGUAAGCGUGCGGCUUCCCCGCAUCUCCGUCGGCCACUCCGCCGGCACGAUGCCGUCACGUACCACGUCGCUACGAAGGAGGGCGCACUCCUGGUC